CGGGCCGCCCUAGCCUCGGUCUUCGUGUCCCAUAUGGCCUCCUCCAGUGUCCGCCACAGCAGCACUCCAUACUGGCCACCUUCCACCAUGAAACUGUGCGGGGAAUUCGCCUUCCACUUCGUCGUAGCCGCCUACGCCGUAUGGCUCCAGGUUCGCAUGGUCCUGCUGAUGCUGCAGAUGCAGGGAGACGGUCUACGGUUCUACUCCUUCACGGCCUGCUACACCAUCGAGUACGCCUCUAUGUGGCCCCAGGUCCUCCAGCAGGUGUACGUCUUCAGUAGCCUGUGGGUGGACAUUGUGAAGGCGUUCCCUGGACGCUUCCCCUACUCCAGGAAAGCCGCUUCGGCAGUGCGUAACUUCCUGUUCCCAGCAUGUGUCGUUCCUAUCAACACUAUUGUGUUGGUCUUAUUUUGGAGCCUGUAUCUCUCAGCACCACAUAUGAUAGAAGAUCGAGGCAUAAUGGAACGUUACCUGGAGUCCUGGAUGAACCACUGUCUACACACAAAUAUUAUCAUUAUUAGUCUGAUGGAGAUCAUCAUUUGUGCACCUAAGUUUCCCAGCAGAAGACGGGCUUUCGUAACAAUUGUUGGGAUGGUACUACUGUACAGCAUAACGGCAAGUAGUUGUCGCAUGCUGGGUGGGCCUUGGGCAUAUCCCAUAGUAAAAAUUAUGUUCAGUAACUGGAUGUCAUUCAUCGUGUUUCAAGCAAUUUGCAUCAGCAUUGGAUUUGCUGGUUAUAUUGUAGCAGAGCGCAUAAACAACUUAGUACAUGGUGAGCAAAAGAAAAUAAUGAAUGCAUCUAAUGGAUAUCAUCAAGAUUGUAUCAAAAAUCAUCUUCAAUAGCCAUGACUUCCAGACACUCCAUGACUAUUUGCUACUGAUACUGUUUUGAUGAGGCCUUGGCGAGACUGUUGACUUCAAAAGUAUACCACAUGUGAAUUACAAAACUGCAAUUUUGCAAAAGUGGUUCUUCAGUUUUGUGUACUUUGAAAAUAUUGUGGAACAUUUAAGUAAGAUAUGGAUACAUAAUGUCUGAAUACUAAUUACAAGGAUCUUACAGGACUACAGAAUUUAUGAAGACUGAAUACAAGUGAGUUCCUUUAGUAACUGAUGUGUCAGACCAAAGAAAUGCAAAAACAGUGUGAGCUACAUAGCUCUUUAAAUGACAAAUCUUAGAUAUAUAUACUGCACCUGAAGAAAUUUACAGUGCAACAUGUGCUCUGAUUUUAUUUGUUUCAAUAUUGAAACUUUGAAAGCAUGCUUGCUUUCAAGCAAGAGACUUUAUUUUUUGAUAGAUAUUUUACUUGGUAAAUUUAAUUCAUGCACUGUGGUCACACUAAGAGAUGGCCAUUUCAUAUUUUUAUCAUUUUAAGGAUGUAUUUUUGUAACAUAAAUGUCAUCUGUUUCUCUAUGUAAUC